CGCGCAUGCGCAGGGCAUUUUCGUUCAUUUCGUUGCAGCGCGGCCGCCUGACCGCAUGUUAUCAACCGAUAAUAUUUGAUAUACGUUGUUAAAAUAUUUCCCAUUUCAACCCAGUUUCAUGGAAGAUUCUGGUACACCCAUGACGGGGAUGUUAGACACAAAUGCCCCCGACAACGGGGACGCGCCUGCUAUGGAGGUUGCAGGAAACGAAAAUGCCACAGACCCAACUGCCACCGACUGGACUGCGGGACAGGUUCCUCUCGCAGACCAGGAAAACGACCAGAUGCAACAGGCCUCCGGUGUGGAGCAGUACCAGCUGUACUCGAAGGAGCAAUUGAAGUCUGCGGCACAGAACAUUGAGCAGGCGGAUCCCAGCCAAGCAAACUCCGGGGAGGUUGUUGAACAGCCUCCGGAAUCAAACGGCCAGCAUACAGACCAAUCAACAGAGAAACCGGCAGGAGAGGGCGACUCAGAGAGCCCUUCCAACAUGGAGCUUGAGGAUGCGCCCAAAGAGGAGGCAGAAGAAGCGACAGAUGCUGCUGUGGAACAAGAACCUGCGCUUCCAUCUGAGUACGAGAGGCUCUCUAAGGUCGUGGAAGAUAAUCCUGAAGAUUUCAACGGCUGGGUUUAUCUUCUGCAGUAUGUUGAACAAGAGAACCACCUGGUUUCUUCGAGGAAAGCAUUUGAUGAGUUUUUCCUGCACUAUCCCUACUGUUAUGGGUACUGGAAGAAAUAUGCCGACAUUGAGAAGAAACAUGGCUGUAUACAGAUGGCAGAUGAGGUGUAUCGCCGUGGCCUGCAGGCCAUCCCACUCAGUGUGGACCUGUGGCUUCAUUACAUUACGUUCCUAAGAGAGAACCAAGACAACAGUGACGGAGAGGCUGAAAACCGCAUUAGAGCGUCAUACGAGCACGCAGUACUCGCCUGUGGGACAGACUUCCGCUCUGACCGUCUGUGGGAAGCUUACAUCAACUGGGAGACGGAGCAGAACAAACUGGCCAACGUCACGGCCGUAUACGACCGCAUCCUCUGCAUUCCUACUCAGCUCUACUCCCAGCACUUUCAGAAGUUCAAAGAACAUGUUCAGAACAACAACCCAAAGUACUUUUUGUCUGAGGAAGAGUUUGUGCAGCUUCGAGUGGAACUGGCCAACGCUAACAGACCCGAUGGGGACGACGCCCCCGGCGAAGAACUUCCUCCUGGCGUAGAGGACCUCCCAGAUCCAGCUAAGAGAGUGACGGAGAUCGAGAACAUGAGGCACAAAGUCACCGAGACUCGGCAGGAGAUAUUCAACCAUAACGAGCACGAAGUCAGCAAGCGCUGGGCGUUUGAAGAGGGGAUAAAGCGUCCGUACUUCCAUGUCAAAGCCUUGGAGAAGACCCAGCUGAACAACUGGAGAGAGUACCUGGAGUUUGAGCUGGAGAACGGCACGCCGGAGCGAGUCGUGGUUCUGUUCGAGCGCUGCCUGAUCGCCUGUGCGCUGUAUGAGGAGUUUUGGAUCAAGUACGCCAAGUAUCUCGAGAGCUACAGCGUUGAAGGAGUGAGGCACAUCUACAAGAAGGCCUGCACCAUUCACAUGCCCAAGAAACCCACGGUUCACCUACUCUGGGCGGCUUUUGAGGAGCAACAAGGAAACAUUGAUGAGGCGCGCAGAAUUUUGAAAGAGGUAGAGGAGGGUGUUCUGGGUUUGGCCAUGGUGAGGCUACGCAGGGUGAGUCUGGAGCGUCGUCAUGGGAACAUGGAUGAAUCUGAGGCCUUGUUGCGUGAUGCCAUCGCAAACGGGAGGAACAGCGGCGAGUCGUCGUUCUACGCUGUGAAACUGGCACGGCAACUGGUGAAAGUGCAGAAGAGCAUCGACAAAGCCAAGACCGUGCUGCUGGAGGCUGUGGAGAAAGAUGAGACGAAUCCAAAGCUGUACCUGAACCUGCUUGAGAUGGAGUACAGCAGUGACAUUCAGCAGAACGAAGCCAACAUCAUCGCCUGCUUUGAUCGAGCGUUGAGCAGCUCGAUGUCUCUAGAAUCACGCAUCACAUUUGCCCAGCGCAAAGUUGAGUUUCUGGAAGACUUCGGCAUUGAUAUCAAUGUACUUGUGGCUGCGUAUGAAGAGCAUCAGAAGCUUGUUAAGGAGAGUGAUUCUUUGAAGAGGAAAUCGGAGGAUGGCUCGGAGGAACCAGACUCCAAGAGACAACGAACAGAUGACCAAUCAGCAGCCUCGGGUCAGAUGAUGCAGGACAUGCAAGCUAAUAACGCAGGAUACAACUACAACAACUGGUAUCAGUAUAAUUCCUGGGGACCUCAGAAUUCCUGGGGUCAAUACGGCCAGUAUGGGCAAUAUAACCAGUACUACCCACCACCCCCCACAUAACGGACUACUACUGCGCCCAUGUGAGCUCCAUCCAGGAGGACUGCGAUCUUUUUACCUACAGCUUCAUGUUUCUCAUCAACAUUCAUACUGUCACUCAAAACAGACUAGUGUGGUUUUUUUCUGGCACGUGUUGAAAGUUUAAACGAGCAUUCUAACUUCUGUACAAGUGCAAGUGAGUUUUUAAUGAAAGGUGCUUGGUUUAGUGAGCCGUCUGUUGCUGGAUUAGUUAUGUUAGAUGAAACAUUUACAUUUGUGUGGAAGUUGAAGACGUAACACUUUAACCUCAUCCAUGCUCUCCUAAAUGUGAUCUUGUUUUCAGAGAUAAACAUGACAUGAAUACUUUUUUAUUUUGACUUGAUUUCAUAAUAAAGAGAUUGACAUGCUAUA